GGGAAUGUCGAGUGGCCCACGAGCCUGCAGAGACCCUCCGAGCGUCAGCGGAGGGAUCAGCGCCGGCGCGCACGAGGGGAUCAUGACCCAGACACCCGCCUUCGACAAGCCCAAAGUAGAACUGCACGUCCACCUAGAUGGAGCCAUCAAGCCGGAAACCAUCUUAUACUAUGGCAGGAGGAGAGGGAUCACCCUCCCAGCUAACACAGCAGAGGGGCUGCAGAACGUCAUCGGCAUGGACAAGCCGCUCUCCCUCCCGGGCUUCCUGGCCAAGUUUGAGUAUUACAUGCCAGCUACCGUGGGCUGCCGGGAGGCUAUCAAAAGGAUCACCUAUGAGUUUGUAGAGAUGAAGGCCAAAGAGGGCGUGGAGGUGCGCUACAGCCCUCACCUGCUGGCCAACUCCAAAGUGGAGCCAAUCCCCUGGAACCAGGCUGAAGGGGACCUCACCCCAGACGAGGUGGCGGCCCUAGUGGGCCAGGGCCUGCGGGAGGGGGAGCGAGACUUCGGGGUCAAGGCCUGGUCCAACCUGUGCUGCAUGCUCCACCAGCCCAACUGGUCCCCUGAAGUGGUGGAGCUGUGUAAGAAGUACCGGCAGCAGACCGUGGUGGCCAUCGACCUGGCUGGAGACGAGACCAUCCAAGGAAGCAGCCUCCUCUCUGGACGUGUCCAGGCCUACGAGGAGGCUCUGAAGAGCGGCAUUCACCGUACUGUCCACGCCGGGGAAGUGGGCUCAGCCGAGGCUGUGGACAUAUUCAAGACAGAGCGGCUGGGACAUGGCUACCACACCCUGGAAGACCAGGCCCUUUAUGACAGGCUGCGGCGGGCAAACAUGCACUUCGAGGUAUGCCCCUGGUCCAGCCACCUCACUGGUGCCUGGAAGCCGGACACAGAGCAUGCAGUUGUUCGUCUCAGAAAUGACCAGGCUAACUAUUCACUCAACACAGAUGACCCACUCAUCUUCAAGUCCACCCUGGACACUGAUUACCAGAUGACCAAACAGGACAUGGGCUUUACUGAAGAGGAGUUUAAGAGGAUGAACAUCAAUGCAGCCAACUCCAGUUUCCUCCCAGAAGAUGAGAAGAGGGAGCUUCUCGGACCUCCUCUAUAAAGCCUAUGGGAUGACACCUUCAGCCUCUGCAGGGCAGCACCACUGAGGACGCCACCCCUACAAGCCUUCACCCUGCGGAGUCACCCCUACUCUGUGGGGCUGAGCAACAUUCUUAAAUUUAUUCCUUCCAAGAAGACCAUGAUCUCGAUGGUCAGUUACUGAUGCUCCUGAAGCCUGUGUGUCCAUUUCUGCACACACGUAUACCUCGGCAUGGCUGUAUCACUUCUCUGAUUAUGUGCCCUGGACAGGGACCAGCGCCCUUGCACAUGGGCAUGGUUGAAUCUAAACCCCUCCUUCUGUGGCAAAUUGUACUGAAAAUCUGGUGCUCAAUAAAGCAGCCCAUGGCUGGUGUCAUGCAAAAAAAAAA